AGGAGUUCCUUCACUUUCUUCGUAUAUCUCUCACAGCUCCAAAAGCCAAAGGCAGUUUGUGCGGUGAAACAUAUCAUUACCCGCUCCCUCCCUCUCUCUCUCUCCCCCUCUGGUAGCCGGAGAAAACAAUGACGGCCGCCGGGUCAUCGGGGCGGUUACCCACGUGGAGAGAAAGGGAGAACAACAAGAGGAGAGAGAGGCGGAGGAGAGCCAUUGCAGCGAAGGUAUUUGCAGGCCUCAGAGCUCAGGGGAACUACAAGCUUCCCAAACACUGCGACAACAACGAGGUCCUGAAAGCUCUCUGCGCCGAAGCCGGCUGGGUCGUCGAAGACGAUGGCACCACCUACCGCAAGGGUUCCAAGCCACCCCCAAUUCCAACUGAGAUUGGAGGCAUUGCAGCAAACAUCAGCGCAUGCUCAUCAGUUCAACCAAGCCCAACAUCCUCAACCUUUCAAAGUCCCGUGCCAUCUUACCAUGCCAGUCCCACAUCAUCCUCCUUUCCCAGCCCGACUCGCCUCGAUGGGAACCCCUCAUCUUACAUUCUUCCAUUCCUCCGGGACUUAACCUCCAUUCCUUCAUCUCUUCCUCCCCUUCGCAUAUCCAACAGUGCCCCUGUAACUCCUCCUCUCUCUUCCCCGACUUCCAGAGGUUCAAAACGCAAACCCGACUGGGAAUUAUUCUCCAAUGUCUCACUGAACAUGCAUCGCCAUCCCAUUUUUGCCGCCUCUGCCCCAGCAAGUCCCACCCGCCGCCCCCACAUUGCACCCGCCACAAUCCCAGAGUGUGAUGAAUCGGAUGCCUCCACCGUUGAUUCUGAUCGAUGGGUCAGUUUCCAGACCACAGCAGCUCCAGCCGCCCCUUCUUCCCCUACAUUUAAUCUUGUAAAAGCUGUGGCUCAACAGAAUUCUCUCCAGAAUGCAAUUAAUGGUCCCGAAGGGUUGGACUGGGGAGCAGCUUCACAAAGGGGGCUUGGGUCUGAAUUUGAGUUUGAGAGUGGCACAGUCAAGGCCUGGGAGGGAGAAAGAAUACACGAGAUUGGAGUGGACGAUUUGGAGCUCACACUUGGCAGUGGAAAGGCCCGGGCUUAGGCUUCCAUGAGCUUACCGAACAGCAAUAAUAAGUGGGAAGAGCUUGCCAUUUCCUCAAAUCUGUGAAGAUCUUUAUAGUUUGCUAUGGUCACUCCUUUUUGUGAGCCAUUUAUGUGGUAUAGCUCGAACAUUUUCCCUACAAUUCCUAGCCCUGUCUUUGGAGACCAUUGAUUUCCAGUGAACUGCGGCAUUGAACUCCAGGUAUUCUGUAAACUGUACAGGUUCCGUCUCAUGGUGCUACUAUUGGUGUCUUCAAAACUGGUUGGAUUUAUGUUGGUGAAGAGUAGAACUUCAAAGGAUUGCAGUUCUCAACCAUUAUGGAGUAGGAAAGACUAGCAACUGAAUGAGGGUUACCUUUCUUCCUCCCUAGCCUAUGUUUGAGACCCCUUUUUAUUGAAUGUGUCACCAAUCUCCCGCCCUGUUUACAUUGUAAUUGUUCCAGUCCCACAAACUCAAAACACAAAGAUUGCUUGCUA